AUGCACAGACGUUACCAGAAGUUCAAUGCCGCGACAACCCCUUGGCCUCGAGGAUUCGAACUUCCUGCUACCUGGGAGCCAGACAAGACCUCCCAGAAAUCAUACAUCAAGCAGACGGGUUCUCUAAACUUCCUUUCCACGGGAACAAGACCUGACAUUACUUACACAACGAAUCGUCUCUGCGAGGCGAAUGCUGGACCAUCUGACCAGCAUAAGCAACUACUGAAACAUCUGUUCAGAUAUCUCAUCGGAACUGCAGAUCUGUCCCUCUGCCUAGGUGGAACACAUUCCAUUACUGACCUUCCGCUGAUUGCAUUUGCCGAUGCAGCGUUCGCAGAUCGGAUUCCGACUCGCCAUUCGACUGCUGGCUACAUCGUUCUUCUAGCCGGCUGUCCCAUUCUCUGGAAGUCCAAGAGACAGACCAUCGUCGCACUCUCGACAACAGAAGCAGAAUUUAUGAACCUGACACCAACUGGACAAGCUCUUCUGUGGAUUCAUCGCACUAUUCAGAACCUUGGAAUCCGAUCUAGCAAACCGGUCAUCGUAUUCACAGACUCUCGAAACGCACAACUGACAGUUCUCAACCCAAUGAACUCAGCUCGCACGCGACACAUUGAUACUCGUUUCAAGUGGAUCAUUGACCGCACAAAUCAAGGAGACUUUGAUAUUCAACAUGUCUCAACGCAAGACAUGACAGCUGACGGCUUGACAAAACCACUCUCUCAGGACCGUCAUGUUGCUUUUGUUCGUCUACUUGGGCUUACAUCUCCUCCAAUGCUUAAGUAG